AUGAGGCCGGUUCCCGAGGGGCCGCUGGCUGUGCAAAUGUUCUUUCCUGACUCAAAUACCUUACUCAGGUCUGUAAAAGAUGAGAACCGAACCGCCUGGCCUAUCAUCGACGCGUCGAACGCAAGUAUUCAAAUCAGUCGUGCACAUUUCGAAAAGAACCCACCAAACAAUCUGCGCAAAUCCAACUUCUUCCACUUCGUCAUCGCUCUAUAUGAUCGCAACAAUCAACCCAUCGAAAUCGAGAGAACUCAGUUUGCCGGUUUUGUUGAAAAGGAAAAAGAAGUUGACAGCCAGGAUACUAGAAAUGGGAUACACUACCGAGUGUCUCUAAUGUUUCAAAAUGGACUCCGAGGAGAGCAUGACUUGUUCGUUCGUCUUAUCGACAGUGUUACUAAACAGGCUAUCACAUACGAAGGACAAGAUAAAAAUCCGGAGAUGUGUCGAGUGCUUCUCACUCACGAAGUCAUGUGCAGUCGGUGCUGCGAGAAAAAAAGUUGUGGAAAUCGAAACGAGACACCGAGCGAUCCCGUUAUCAUUGACAGAUUCUUCCUCAAAUUCUUCCUGAAAUGCAACCAGAACUGUUUGAAAAACGCGGGCAAUCCCAGAGACAUGAGACGUUUCCAGGUGGUUUUGAGCAGCACUGCUCGUAUUGAUGGCCCACUUCUCGCUGUGUCAGACAACAUGUUUGUUCACAAUAACUCCAAACAUGGAAGACGAACCAAGCGCACAGAUGCAUCAGAUGAUUCCGAGUAUUCUGAAUCCGCAGAACUCCCAUCUUCAAUACCAGUUAUCAAAGCACUGUGUCCAAGUGAAGGAUGGGUUCAAGGAGGGACCCAAGUCGUUGUGAUCGGAGAGAACUUUUUCGAAGGUCUACAAAUCUCAUUCGGGACCACAAACCCAAGUUGGGGAGAGUCUGUUCAGCUAAUCUCUCCUCACGCAAUGCGCGUCACCACUCCACCAAAACACUCAUCAGGACCAGUUGAUGUCACUCUUCAGUUCAAAUCAAAAACUUUCACAAGAGGAACUCCACUUCGCUUCUCUUAUAUCACACUAACAGAGCCAAGCAUUGAGUACGGAUUCCAACGUCUUCAAAAACUGCUUCCAAAGUAUCCAGGAGAUCCAGAUCGUCUUCCAAAGGAUCUCAUCCUUAAAAGAGCCGCAGAACUAGCAGAGGCUCUGUACAACAGGACGUCUGCCGAUUCUCUCAGCACUUAUUAUCACACUCAGUUCGACGCUUCAACUGACUACUCAUCGCGAGCCCAUACUUCUCCGAGAUCUACGUUACCGUAUGGAGCGGGUCAGCCAGCUAUCUCGUCAGCAGUCUACCAGACAUCCUAUCCAACAGUCAAUGCAACUCCAGCUGCAAACUUUUUGAACACACAGACUGGUUUUGCAACAUUCGGAGCUGUCAACCCAUUCGCUGCAACUCUCCAAUCAUCGUCUCGUCUUUCAUAG